UGCGGAUGCCGGUCGCCUUGGGGCGGUGCGGGCUGCGGGGCAUGCUGGCGGGCCCGAUGGCGCGGGGGCGGCUGCUCCCUGCCUGCGCGGGAGCUGAGCGGCGCGUUUGCCUGGUCGAGGGCACGGGCCAGGCGGCGCGGUCGGCGGUGGCGGCUCUACGCGAGGGCGGGCUGGUGGCGGUACCCACCGACACGGUCUACGGCGUGGCCUGCUUGGUGCAGAACUCCGCGGCCGUCGAGGCCCUGUACCGGCUGAAGGGGCGCCCCGCUGGUAAGCCGUUGGCCAUCUGCCUGGGCGACGUCGAGCAGGUGCACAGGUACUGCCGCGUCCCGGUGCCCGAGGAGCUGCUGCGAGAUCUCCUGCCCGGUCCCGUGACGCUGGUGCUGCCGCGCUCGGACGCCCUCAACGCCGACCUGAACCCCUUCACGCCGCUGGUGGGCGUCCGUGUCCCUGAUCAUCACUUCGUCCGGGAGCUGGCCAGGGCCUGUGGCGGUGCUCUGGCUUUAACCAGCGCCAACAUCAGCGAGAGGGCGAGCAGCAUCACCGUUAUGGAAUUCCAGGAGCUUUGGCCUCAUCUUUCACUGGUCAUCGAUGGGGGUCCAACUGGGGAUGCCCUCAGUCCCGAGUGUCGUCUAGGCUCAACUGUGGUUGACCUCUCCAUCCCUGGAAAAUACAAGGUUAUUCGACCAGGAUGUGCACUUACUCAAACUGUUGAAAUCCUGGCAUCCAAGUAUGGAUUAAGGGCUGAGGAGUCUGGAUGCUGAAAUAUUGGACCUUAGGGACACUGAAGUGCUAUCUACCAGUCUUUUCCCAGCCAAGAAAGUAAACUGUUUAUAUGACCAUUAUGAUUGCAAAGGGACUGUCCUUAGGUGACAUCCUGGAUGCUGUAACUUUGAGGACUGUGGCUAAAUGACUGAAUUUCCUUUAAGACCUAAAAUUGCAGCUAUUUCUGGUUGCCUGAA